AUGAUCUGCGAAUCCUUGGCAGGAUUAGACCAACUCAGAAUCCUGAACCUCUCUCACAAUUUACUCCAUGGUACCCUUCCAGCUAAAGUAUUUGGUCUGCAGAAUCUGGAAGUUCUUGAUUUGAGCAACAAUGAUUUUGUUGAUUCAAUACCACCAAUUGGGAAGAUGUCCUCAAUCAGGUACGUAGACUUGUCAAAGAAUUACUUUAAAGGUUCCAUAAAUGCAACACUUUGUGAAAUCUCACCCCAUAUACAAGUUCUCAACUUGGCAAGUAACAAUUUCUCUGGUGAAGUUUCAAGAAGUUUUGGGCAAUGUACUUCUCUGCAGCAUCUCUUCCUUAAUAGCAAUAGUCUGUCAGGAAAUUUUCCUGAGAGUCUCUUGCAGCUGCAAAAUCUUCAUGUACUGCACCUUGAAGAUAAUAUAUUUUCUGGACAACUGAAUGCCGAACUUGGUAACCUUUCUAACCUUGUUGAGUUGGACAUCUCCUCCAACAGGUUUUCUGGAAAUCUUCCUAAUGUUUUUGGCAAGCUUGGAAAACUUGAGCACUUCUCAGCCAACACAAAUAUGUUCAGUGGCUACCUGCCCGAGUCAUUGGUGAAUUCCCCAUCCCUUAUAACUCUUGAUGUGGACAACAAUACCCUCAAUGGUGCUAUCAAUAUCAAUUGUUCAGCUAUGAUUCAUCUCGUUUCUCUAAAUCUUGGUUCUAAUAAUUUCCAUGGUCCAAUCCCUGAAAGUAUAUCCUACUGCCAAAGCUUGAAUAUUUUAAAUCUUAGCAAGAACAAACUCGGUGGAGAGAUUCCUUAUAACUUCAAGAACCUCCAAGCUCUGACAUCCCUCUCACUGUCAAAGAACAACCUUGCAAAUAUAUCAGGGGCUCUUGGGAUUCUACAACAUUGCAAAAACUUAACUACACUGAUCCUUAGUAUGAAUUUUCAGGAUGAACAAAUACCUGGUGAUGUGAAUUUGCAAUUCAAAAAUCUCAAAGCGCUUGCCAUUCCCAAUUGUCAACUGAGAGGUUUAAUUCCACUAUGGUUGAAUGGCUGCAAAAAACUGCAGUUAUUAGAUAUGUCUUGGAAUCUCUUGGGUGGAUCUAUUCCACUUUGGAUAGGCAAUUUCAAUAGUCUCUUUUACUUGGAUUUGUCCAACAAUUCAUUUACUGGUGGAAUACCAAUGAGCUUGACAGGACUACAAACCCUAACGGACAGGAAUAUCUCAACUGAUGGAAAUGCCCCAUGCGUUCCUCUUUACAAGACUAGGGUACCCAGUGGAAGUUUGCAGUAUAACAAAAUUGGCAGCCUUCCACCAACUUUGGAUCUAAGUUGCAACAAGCUCACUGGACCAAUCUGGCCAAGUUUUGGGAACUUGAAAAGGCUUCAUGUUUUGAAACUAAACAAGAAUGACCUAUCAGGGCCAAUUCCAGAUAGUUUAUCAGGAAUGUCAAGCUUGGAAACUUUGGAUUUGUCCUAUAACAAAUUAUCUGGAGAAAUACCAACUUCAUUGGUAAAGCUCAACUUUUUAUCCAAAUUCAGUGUAGCAUACAACCAACUUUGUGGGGAAAUCCCAACAGGUGGGCAAUUCUUGACCUUCCCAAAUUCAAGUUUCAUGGGAAACAAGGGCCUAGGUGCCAGAGAUUUUGCUUUCUGUCAACUUGUUGAUUCUCCCAGAGAGCAAAUGACAAUUAUAGGCCUGCCAUUUGCAGUAGGGUCAGCAACUGGGUUUGUCCUCACUGUUAACUUCUUUCUUCAGGUCUGGGUGGGUGUUCCCAAAGCCAGAAAGAAGAUGAAACCUAUCAAUAAAUGA